CGCGGUGCGCCUAGCCGGAGUCCGUCCUCCUAUUAGUUGUCUUGUGCUCCUUAGUCUUCUCCUCUCAUGUGCAUCUGAAGCCUUCGGUGUGGCCUUCCUGAAAUCUCACCAACCCCUCGAUGGCAGACCCGCAGCUGCCCAUCCUUGAAGUGCACACGCCCUCCUCAUCGUUUGCCAUCGUCUACUCGAAUAGCGAAGAUUCUCUAGAGACGCUCUACGACAAGUUGACCAGGAAACUGUACAAUGCAUACAAUGGCCAGGUUGUAGGACCGGAGUGGGUCAAGUACUCCUGGAACGAUUCAACGUGGAAUCUCGACGAUGAGUCAGACUACACUAUUUUCGUUUGGAGACAGAAAUCUGUAGAGGCAGGCACACGUCCGGUCCUCCACGUCCACGACCCCCACCAGCCCCUUCCCCGCGCACCCGCAUAUCAAAACCCAUCCUACUAUCAGUUUCGUCCCAAGCCUCUACCACAGACCCCUCCGCGUGCAGCCUCAGGGGGGUCGCAGAAGUCAGUCAGGAGCGGCAAGUCUCGGAAGACUACCAAAUCAGAGACCAAAGAUGCGAUACCCGACCACAGGAAACACUUCGAGGAGUUUCACAGUCAGAAUGGUGUUCGCACGAUUCUGGGAAAUAUAGGUCCCGUUCAGAAUGUCCGGAUGCUUUUGAAGAACGGAUACCGACACGUUUACAUAUCGCGAAAGUUUGCCCUUCGCCACGGAUUUAUACCGGCAGAUGCUACGCCAGGUCACUAUGGUUAUAGCGGCCUAGUCAACCUGGGUAGCUGGCCUAUCAAAGUGGGACGUAAUAAGACAAUGCAUACGGUGUACCUUUCAGAAGAGGCACACUUUGAUGUUGUCCUCGGUCGGUCUUUCUGGGAGGCGCGACAAAUCAAGGUCGACCCUCUGGACCUCACGGAUGUCGUGUGCGGCGAUACGGGCGAGAAGAUCGAUUGUGAACUGGUCAUAUUGAAAGAUGGAAAGGGACAAAUCGUUACGGUAACAUGAGGUCUGCUUACUCCUUUUUUCUGUGGUGUAUCUCUCGACAAACUCUUUACUGCAAUCAUGCUUGUAUCUAUUUCCGUGAUUUUGUAUACUGUAGUAGUAUAAUCAUAAGCCUUCAACCAUGAUGCAUGAUGGU